AUAUAUAUUAGGAUUGUUAUUAGGAUUGUUAUUAUAUAUUAUAAUAUCGUUUAAGUACGUAGAAUAUUAAUAUAUUCGUAGUCAUCUUUGAUCCAUUCUAGAAAAGAAGCACAAAAAUUAAUAUACAAAAAUAUAGAUCGAGGUUUUUGUUUAUUAAAUUUAAGUUUUUUAUGUUAGAGAAAGUAAGACAGAGACGAAUUGAAUUGGCGAUGUGACAGAGAUAAAAAUACUUCGCUUUAUCUUCAUCUCGCAAUUUAGUAUUGAAUUUUUUAUAACAUACAACAAAUAUUCAAACCUCGUGGUUCGUGUCCAUGCUAAAUUCAAAAUAUUUCCUAUAAACUUUUAAUUCAAUUUAAUUUAAUUAAUUCUAUAUUUUAAAAAAUAUUCUUUCAUUGAUAAAAAAUUGUUAAACGAAUAUCAAUUUAUGCUUCUUUUGCUUUUGAUACCAAAUUUUUUAAUAAGAACAAUUGUUUUGACUCGAGUUAAUGAUUAUUUUGCGAAGUUUAAAUAAUUCUAAAAUGGAGGAGGAGUAUCUUAAUUCCGAGUUGUGUGGAAUUUUAGAACAAUUCGUGAGAAUUCGUGACGCAUACGUCGCGAUGGAAACUUACUGCGAAGUGCAACAAGAAGCAUUGUCGAUUGAGAAAGAGCGUUAUGAGAAGAUGGAAGAGAAUCUAGAGAAGCUUUCGAAAACUUAUUUGUUUCUCGAAAAGAAAUAUAAGACCACUGUUGAGAAAUUACAGAAUGAAGGGAACGAUCUUCGUAAAAUAAUCGAGGAAUUGAAAAAAGAUUGCGAUGAUCUGCGUCUCAUUAAUGCAGAACAUACUGCAAACGACCAGCAAAUGCGCGGAUUGCAAGACGAAGUGGAAUGUUUAAAAGUACAGUUAUUAAUGCAAGAAGAGAAACAUAACGAGGAUAUUGCAUUACUGAAGCAACAACACACGGAUGAAAUACAGAGAUACAAAAUGUUGCUGCAAAACGCGAAACUAGCCUAUACUUCCAAUGAAGCUAAUAAAAAAAGAGGACGGCCCAAAAAUUCGAGAAAAAAUAAAAGAGAUACCUCGUACUUUAGAUGGCCAGAAUUAAAUAUAGAGAAAAUUAAUGAUACGGAUUUCGAGAAGGAAAUCGUAAAUAAAAAUAUUGGAACAAAGAAAAGGAAAUUGUUCCACGAAGACAAAGAUACCAUGGUGGAUAUUGUUCAAAGUAUACACAAUUUAUCAGUUCAAAAUAUACAAGAAAACGAGAUUAAUAUAAAAUAAUUAUUGCGUACAUUACAAAUACUAUAAAAUAUAUUAAUUUAGUUUAAAGUUAAAUUCAUUUUCGUAAAUAUUUCAGUAAAUUAAACUAAGUAUAAUUUUUGGUUCGAUUCUAAGAUUCUUAAAUGAUAAACAUACUAAUGUUACAUAAAUAAAUCAAGAUAUAUCUGAUAAAAAAAAAUGCUUAAUGUUAUCUUUGAUAACAAGAAUAUUAUUAAUGAUUAUUUACUAAUUUUUCGAUUCAGCGAAUUCCAGCUGUUCGUAUAAUCGAUUUUUAAGUGUCCGUAUGUGUUCAGAUCAAGAUGAGGAGGUGGAAUAAUUUGUACCAUGUAUUUUUCUUCCUCCCUCGAUGGAUAAUGUUGUUGUAAACGAUAAUCCGGGAUAUCUGUGAAGAUGAAAAUAAAAUAUAGAUAUAACUGUUAUUAAAAAUUUGAUCUAUCUUUAAUUAAAAAUUAGACCUACCUGAUUCUAUAGAAUCCAUUAGUGGAAAGCUAGAAUCAACGCUCAUCGACCUUGAAAAAUUGAAAAUAAAAAAAAAGAAAAAUCGGUCAAUUUAAAAGAAACAAAAAAGAAAAAAAGAUCAAAUAUUUUUUGAAAAUACCUAUGGAUAUCUCGUAUAGGGGUCGAUUUGCAUCUGUGCCCGUAUCGCCUGUGGUCUUCCAUGAAUUCGCCGUGUCUCACAUCUAAAAAUAAAAAAAAAAAAAAAACAGAAAAAA